AUGUCUUGGCAGGGGCCGAUGUUGCGGUCCCCGCACUUCACGUACGACGCCUUGCCGUCUCGUUCGCGAUUGACGCCCUCGGCGGUGUCCGUGUACAACGAGGUGGCGAUUGCCGAUCGUGUCGUUCGGGCAUGUGCGUGGACGGACAACUCCGCUGACUUUGUCUUUGGAGACGGCACGGUGCUCUCCUUUUGUGACGAAAUGCAAACAUAUGUCGCCUUCCCUCGCGUGUCGCACGCACCUUUGAAUUCGCAGGCUGCAUUGGGUAGCAGUGGUCAUUCUAAGAGCUUUAACGAGGGCGACAUUUACGGUGCGGAGAGUAAGAGCCAGGGGGAAUACUUCUUCACACCCCUCACACUUUCCAAAUACGAGAAUAAAGUUCGGGAGGCUUUGCAUAUUUACAACUUUUACUCGCCGCGGCCACGGAUUGUCACAGGCCUCACGGCAACACCGUGUGAAGUGUGGCGCCAGAACAGCCCGAUUGACUCACUUGUCAUUGCAGCAGAUCGACGCCUUUUUGAGCGUCGUGGAUCUCGAGCGACUCUAUGGUGUGCGCUCCGUCGCAUUUCACUAACAUUGCAUGGUGGCCGUGCAACAUUUUCAGUGCGUUGGCCCGCACCGGCAGUGGAACGCAACAUGGCGCGUUCCAUUUUUGUUCGUCCUGUUGAUGAACAUGGUGUUUUUACAGGAAUGCUUGAAAGUGUGCGGUCAUUUCAUUUUGUGUGGGUGGAACAAACAUUUCCCGUGAUGGACCCGCCGGAAGCGUGGGCAGAAAUGUUGGAGACUGCUCUGCAACUUGACGCGGAUGCUCCGGCCGGCAGUGUGGGGGAGAGAAAGGAGGAUGG